AUGGAAAACCUUCCGCCGCCGCCGCCACCACCACCAUCAAUACCACGGAGACGAAGACUACGAGUACGACCACGAACGCCACAACUAUUACCACCAACGCGGCCACCACCACCGCCCCCACCACCACCACCACCACAACAACUAGGACCAUUUCGCCUAGUAGGACGAAAACGACUUCGACCGUCACUACCGCUACCUGAAACACUGCCACGACCAUCACGAGCGAUUCCUUGGCUUACUUGGCAUGAUGUCAAAAAAGGAAAAUCGUACGACAAGUUGAGAAUAUACCUUGAAAAAGUCCUUAAACAAAACCAAGAAUCCGAAUUGGCUACUCAAGAUCAAGAAGUCCUUGUAUUACCUAAAAGUAUUAGUCCCUCUCAAGACGAAAACCUACAAAACCACCAACACACUCGUUCCGAUCCUGGAGUAAAGGAGAUGGCCGAAGGGAGCGGGACCACACGACAUGAUUGGGUGAUCUCGAUAAAAGACAAGCUCGAGCAAGCAAAUAGAGAAGAUGACACAACUAGCUGGGGCAAGCUCUCUAUGUCUAUAUACAAAGUUCCACGUCACCUGCAUGGAAACGACACGAAGUCGUAUUUCCCUCAGACAGUCUCGCUUGGUCCGUACCACCAUGGGGUACAGCAAACGCGGUCUAUGGAGUGCCACAAAUGGCGUGCCGUCAAUAUGGUCUUGAAACGUACGAACCAAGGCAUUGAAACGUUUAUCGAUGCCAUGGCAGAGCUCGAGGAGAAGGCUCGUGAUUGCUACGAAGGUCCCAUUGUUUUGGACAGUAACGAGUUCACAGAAAUGCUUGUUCUUGAUGGCUGUUUUGUUCUCGAACUCCUCCAAGGAGUCGCUGAAGGAUUCUUGAAACUCGGAUACGAUAGUCACGAUCCAGUUUUUGCGGUUCGAGGAUUGAUGCAUUCGAUUCAACGUGACAUGAUAAUGCUGGAAAAUCAACUUCCUUGGUUCGUACUCCAACGGUUAUUGGAGCUACAGCCUGGUACACAUAACCAAACUGGUUUAGUGGAAUUAGUGGUUCGGUUCUUCAUUCCACUAAUGCCAACGGCCGAGACAUUGGCCGAGAACUCGCCACCAAGAGGCGUAUCCAGUGGCGAACUACACUGUCUUGAUAUUUUUCAUCGAAGUCUACUCUUUCCAAGGUCACCAGGCAAAGCAAACUCAUCACGCGUGGCUGACAAACACCUACAACGAGUGAUACCUACCGUGACCGAACUAAGGGAUGCCGGUUUUAAGUUCAAGCUAAAUAAAACCGAUCGGUUUUGGGAUAUUAAAUUCAACAACGGUUAUCUAGAGAUUCCUAGUCGACUUAUCCAUGACGGUACCAAAUCCCUCUUCUUGAAUCUCAUAGCUUUCGAGCAGUGCCACAUGAUCGAAUCGAGCAAUGAUAUAACAUCCUACAUAAUUUUUAUGGACAAUCUAAUAGACUCUCCCGAAGAUAUUAGUUAUUUGCAUCGCCGUGGUAUUAUCGAGCACUCACUAGGAAGUGAUUCUGAAGUCGCGGAUAUGUUCAACCAGUUAUGUCAAGAAGUUGUUUUCGACACCAAAGAUAUUUACCUAUCUCAAUUGUUGAUUGAGGUUCAUCGUUGUUAUAAGCAGAACUACUCCAGGAAGUUGAAUUCGUUGAUAAGGACCUUGAAACACAAGUACUUGGAUAACCCUUGGGCGUAUUUGUCUUUCUUUGCUGCGAUUAUUCUACUAAUUCUUACAUUUUCUCAAAGUUAUUUUGCUGCUUAUGAUUAUUUUAACCCAUCAUCCUCUUAG